UUCUCAGUAUGUUUACUCUUCUUCACCAAUCAGGUGACAACUUCUCCUCAGGUUUGGUCGCUCUGUACUCCCUGGCCAUCGCUGCGUCGUGCAACAAUCCCGCCAACGUCUCCUACAAAGAGGACAGGAUUGACCUUAUCGAGAUACUGCAGGAGAAAUUAACUGAGGAAAUCAAACACAUUGUGAACACCUCAUUCCCUCUGACUAACUAUUACCAAGUCAGUCUGGAUGUGCUGACACUCUGCGUGCUAGAAAGAGAACUUCCACAAGACUCAGUCCAGACCCUCAGUGAUGCAGCAAUGAAGAACAAAUUCAAAUAUGGCAAGGAAUUCUCGGUUGGUAAGGAUACUCUCUAUUGACCCCUCUCUUUGAUUGC